AUGCCAGCCUACAGCACCUAUCAGGCGCUCCUGAGCAGUGUUUUAAACUUACAUGGCCCGCUCGCGCAGGGUAAUCUCGGCUUACAGCGGGCGGAUUUGAGAUUCUCCUCACGUAUCCCCGACCUUCUUUUCUCCUGUGACUUCCUGCCCAAUAUAUGUCUAGAGUACUCCGCCGGUGAGCCUACAGGACGCCAGAGAACCCGCUACAGAAUGGCGUCGGGAGCCGAUCUCGAGAAGAGAGCCGGAAGCGAUGGAUCAGAAAAACCAUACUCGAGUCCAGAAGAUGGGGCAGCUGAUCCCGGAGUGCCAGACAGCGCAUCGCAUGUUUCUACGGGAGUAGACGGAGGAGGGGUACCGUUCAGCAUUGAACCUGGACUUAUUGGCACGCCGUCAAAUUUGUCCUUCGACGAGCAGGAGAGAAAGAACGUCGCGUACUUUGGGCUCCGAGACCAGUGGUUCAGAGGGCAGAACGCGAAGGGGGCCCCGUACGUCUCGAUCGGUGUACUUGAUCCGCUUAUUACUGUUGAGAGACACCACGGGAAAUACCACAUUACUGCCCGGUUUCACGUCGAGACGACCAUUAUUGAUUAUAAGGCGCAUGGAAAGUCUGAGUCCCUGGACUUCCUGUUUGAGGUCAUCGAUGCUCCGCGAUAUCAAUGGUUCUGGGCGGCUAAUUACAAGGAGAUCGCGUCGCUUACUCCGGAUCUGACGCACACUGUCAAGCGACAUGUCCUCUUGAGGCGAGCUGUACCUAUCGAUUCCUUUCCCGUCGAAAGGCUCGAAAGCGCUAGGCGGGUCUUGCGAGGGAGAGCUUGGGUGGAUAAGACCGAAUCUCCCAACUCAACACCACACGAACUCGAAUCGGCGAGGCACUCGCUUUUGACAAAAGAGGAGAAGGCAUGGCAGGGAUAUUUAGCUGACUGGCAGAAUAAGGACCGCCGGCAUGUCCCAUUGGAACAGUUGCUCGAAUUCAAGUUCUCCAUCCUGUACGACGGGAACUGGGAUGAGCUUCAGAGUAAAGAGUGGGUCGAUCUCCUUCAGGAUGAGACUGGUGCUCGAGUCCGCGAAACAGAUCUCAUGGCGGAAGCGGAAGCAGACGUGGAUGCAACGGCAGGGGCAGAGGCAGAGGCAGAGGCAGAAGGGAACAUAGACGCAACGGCCGAGAUGGUAGGCACAACAAUAAACCCCGGUGUGGCCUCCUAUAACACUCAUUCACUGAGACCGGCGAAUGCUCCCGUGAUAAGAAAACGAACUCAGAAUAUUCAAGUUUAUCACUAA